AUGGACGGAACGUUCGGUCUGUACUCAGCGGUGGCGGACUACUCGGACAAGGCGUUGAUGUCCCCGGAGAAUCUGAUUUUACCAUCGGAAUACCAGAGCUUGCUGUCUUCAGAUACUUUUCGGCUGCGGAUUCCGAGUCUUGGAUCCGAAGAGCUACUUUCGGAGGCGGCUUCAAUCACAACAGAAAUUCAAAGAGAAGAAGAUAUGUCCACUUUGAUCAAAGCCAAAAUUGCCUCACAUCCUUGCUAUCCUCGUUUACUCGAGGCUUAUAUUGAUUGCCAGAAGGUAGGGGCGCCUCCAGAGAUAGCGUGCUUCUUAGAUGAAAUCCGGCGAGAAAACGACCUUUUCAAGCAAGACGCUGUCUCCACGUACUGGGGAGCUGAUCCCGAGCUAGACGAGUUCAUGGAAACCUACUGUGAUGUGUUGGUGAAGUAUAAAUCUGAUCUUGAAAGGCCUUUUGAUGAAGCAACCACCUUCUUGAACAAGAUUGAAAUGCAGCUUCGUAAUCUUUGCACUGGUGCCUCCAUCAGAAGCCUCUCUGGUCAGUUCUCUCCUUUUUUCUAG